GCGCUUAGCGCCGUACUGCCUGGCCGUACCCACAAUGCCUUGCGCAGGUGAUCGAAUAGGAUCGGACUCGGCGAGUAGUGGAGUGCUCAGUGCCGGAAUGAUGGUUGGUAGGCGGUAGGCCCGUCGCACCGUUGGUGGCCGAAACGAUAAUUAGAACUAGAGCAGUGCAGUGCCGACCCCGCCGCGCCACGCCACGCGACGCGUCCUCGGUGCAGACUGCAGCCCGUGUCGUCCUCUCGAUGAGUGCUUACAGUGCCGAGUGUCAAUUAUGUCGGAGGCGACCGCUGCAACUGCAGGCAUUAUGAAGUCCGCCUCGGAGGGAGAGCUCCUGGACAAGGAUGAGAGCUCAGUGGCAGUGAAUCUUGCAGUGAUAGACACAGUGGACAUCGAGAUGAAGGACUUGCCCGUCCUGACGUACCCUGAGAGUAGGCCUAAGUUAAAACGUACUUUCACCCUGCCGCGGUUCGGCAAAGCUAGGACCAGUAAAAGGCGAGGGAAGCAUAAAGGUAGUUCGGAGAGUGUGAACAAGGACAUAGUGUUAAAUAUCACAGCUAAUAGUGAGAACUCUAAAAAUGGCAAGAAAGUGUUCAAGAUAUCAUCAUUGAAGAACUUUAUUAACAAGGUGGUGCAUCAUGUGUCAAGUGUUGGUGUGAACAAUAAAAAUUUCCGAAACUAUGACUAUAUGACCAGGAGGCGUGCAGAUAGAACUGUGUCACUCUCGUCAUCAGAUGUCAGAGUGCCUCCGACACGCCCCCUUCAUCAAAUACCUGGUGAUAAAGUGCCUGGAGUCAUUGGUCUCCGUAAUCAUGGAAACACUUGCUUCAUCAACGCAGUGCUCCAGUGCCUGUGUCAUACAGACAUUCUUGCCGAGUACUUUGUGCUCGACAUGUACAAAGCGGACUUAUCAAGACGCAACAAGCUUAAUAGCAAAAAGUAUGGUACCAAAGGUGAAGUUACGGAGCAGUUGGCAGUUCUACUGAAGGCAAUUUGGGCCUGUCAAUACGACCCGGAGCUGUCAACCCAGUUCAAAUCUGUUGUUGACAAGUACGGCAGUCAAUUUCGGGGCAACAACCAACACGAUGCCCAAGAAUUCCUUCUUUGGCUGCUCGACAAGGUGCAUGAAGACCUCAAUACAGCAACUAAGAAAAAAUACAAGGCUAUAAAGAACUCGGUGGGGCGGCCGGACGACGUGGUGGCGGCCGAGACGCUGGCCAACCACAUUCGCUGCAACAACAGCUUCGUGUACGCGCUGUUCCAAGCGCAGUUCCGGUCCUCGCUGACCUGCCCCCAGUGCCGCUGCCAGAGCAACACGUUCGACCCCUUCCUGUGCGUGUCCGUGCCCGUGCCGCAGAACCAGCGGCGGCCCGUGUACGUCACCGUCCUCUACACCUCGCAGCAGCCCCGCCAGGUCAAGCUGGGCCUCACGCUGCCGCCGCACGCCGACAUCCGGGAGCUCAGGGAGGCCCUGGCGUCCGACACCAAGAUCGACGAGCAGCACAUGCUCAUCACGGAGGUGGACGACUUGGGCUUCCACCGGACUUUCUCAGAUUCUGCGCCGUUGAAUACCAUCAAGGAAAGCGACCCAGUGUACUGCCUCGAGCUGCCACAGCUCAAGGAGGCUACACAAGACACUGGCGAAUAUCUUCUUCUUGUUUGGGUCAACACUCUGAUUGUAGAAGACCAUGGCAUUAGGUUUGGAAGCCCCUACACAAUGCAGGUGGGGAGAGAGACGGCUUAUGAUGAUCUCCAGAAACUCCUCCUCAAAGAAAUGGCAAAUAUUUUGCAUGAUGACGUCUUGACAUCUGGACAGCCUGCGUCUCUGUUUCGCAUUCGAGUGCUGGAUGGUCUCUCUGGGUCAUACUUGGAUCCGGAAGUAGAUCACCCCCUCUAUGUCGAGGCAAUUGACCAGGCUCUUGCUCUGUGUGAGGAAGAUGCUGGGCCGCUUCAUGUGCGGCUUGUUCUUGAGUGGGAUUUGCAGACAAAGGAGAGUACAAUUGCUGAUGACACUGACUUGAUGGAGGAACAUGCAAGUGUAAAACAACUGCAACAAAGCUCAGAGCAAGGAGGAGCUGUCACCUUGGAGGAGUGUUUCCAGUUGUACACUCGUGCAGAAGUGCUUGGAACUGAUAAUGCAUGGCAUUGUCCUUCCUGCAAAUCGAAGCAGGAAGUGGAAAAAAGGCUUGGACUCUGGACCCUCCCGGAUAUCUUAGUUGUCCACUUGAAACGCUUCCGCCAGUCAUCAGCCAAGCAGAGAUCUCCAGCCAAACUUACUACCUUAGUCAAUUUCCCUCUCUAUGGCUUUGACAUGACUCCUCAUCUCGCCCCUGCGGCACAAGAUAAUUCUGGCAUGCAGACUCUAGGUGGGCUGGGCUGGUCGCCAUGGAAGCGUCCUAGGAGACACCACACUGGAUCUCGAUAUGAUGAUAAUGUCUACGACCUCUAUGCAGUGUGCAAUCAUCAUGGUCAAGACCUUCAAUUGGGUCACUAUACAGCAUAUUGCCGCAAUCCAUAUGACACUCAGUGGUAUCGAUUUGACGACUCUCGUGUCGAUACAGUGGCUGAGUCUGCUUUAGUCACUCCCUCAGCGUACAUGCUGUUUUAUCAACGACGUGGGCUUGGAGGUUCAACCUCAAGUUCCAGCUCUGCUGCCUCAAGCUCUAGUGCAGGCUCUGCCGACCAUUGGGUGUAUCGUAUGCCCAGGCCCGCUCCUCCAGCUAGCCGUAGCAGUGAAGAAAUCAGCAAAAAAAAUGGAGAAGUAGAGGAAAAAACUACAAAGGAUGAAAAUGAUCAGAAAACCAACUUCCAACGCAACUCACGAAAUUAUUCAACUCUUCAGCCAAGUUCUAAACGAUCUAUCGCCACUGAAACUGAUAAUAGUGAGCUAGAUAGACACUCUGAUGAUGAAGGUGCAACAGGCCUAACAACUGGUUGGAGUGCUCCUAAGGCAUCCCCCACAGUAGAAAACAAGAAAGUUGGAACAGAUUCCUCCGAUGCAAGCCCAUCAUGUGAUGAAAGCGUUCCUUCAGAGGAAAAACAAAUAGAGAUUGAAACCUGUGAAACCAGCAUUACUCGUAAGAGUUCUGACGUGGAUGUGACGGAGUCUCGUGUUUAAAUAUAGCCAUCAACAAAUGGCUUGUCUCUAAAAGCCUAGUGUAGACUUACAUUAUCUUGCAAAGCAAUUUUGCUAAAGAGGCUGAAGUUCGACUGGUCUCAUGACUCUAGUCUUUGACAUCAGGGCUUUCUCUUUGAGAAAGUUCUUCUCAUAUCAGUGUAUGAGAAAGUUUAGCAAGCACAUUUAUUACAAAAAAUAGCAAACAUUUCAAACUGUUCAAAUUUAGAUAAUAUAGAUGAUGUGUAUUUCAGACUUGAUUCUAAUUGUUUUAACAUCUAAUUCAAACUUCUUUUUUCUCUUUCCAAGUACAUAUUUGGAUGUCAUUACUCUCCCAAACAUGCCAAAGUGCUUGUUUGUAACUUCCUGUCUGUGGCUCUUUAUGGUAGAUGUAAAUUUUAUAUUUUUUACCAUAGUUUAAGAGUGCAGUAAUUUUUUAUCUCUUCUGUGUAUGAGGCCUGGAAGGUUCCCUUUCAGCUAUGGUAUAUCUGUAUAUCUCCUCUCUUUUCCUUUAGGUGUCAUGUAGUCGUGUAGACUAGUGAGGCGUAGGAUUAAAUUUUCCUACCACUGACACUCAGAUUGUCUCUGUGUUAUUAAUUUAUUAGUGUCCAGAGAAAUAUUUUACUAUUGUUACAUGAUUUAAAGAAAAUACCUUUCAAAAUUGUUACUUCUUUUGAGUGAAUGUUAAACAAAUUUUGAUAGUUGUUUUGUGUAGCUGUUCUCCUUUCAAUAUUGCUCAAUGAAGAGAGAGAAAGUUUGAAUGAAAAGUUAAAUGUACUCUUCUUGCAUACAAUUCGUAUGGUUUUGAAGAGCUGCUUUUGUUUUUGGUUCAAAUGAGGUAUCGUUGUGUAUUCUCCUAAAGCUAAUUUUUGCACACUCUAUUGUAUCUAAAUGGUUUCACAUUUUACAAAAGUACUUCAGAAAAGUGCAAUUCUUGUGUUUCUACCUUUCUUAUAAUUUCUUCUCUAAAUUUGUAUCUAUGUGUGUGUAUGUGCAAAAGAACACUCACAUCACAUGUACCUCAUGUUUCUAUUUAAGACACUCUAAAUGAUUUUAGCCAUUGUAUAUAUUUGAGAGCUUUACAAUUCUAUUUUCACUUUUUUGUUUCAGUUUCAGAUAUUUAUUGUACCAUAAAAGCAAAAGUUAUUAUUUUUAUUAUUGAUUUUAUUUUAGGGGAGUAUGUGCUGUGAAGACUGGUUCCAUUUUGAGAUAUUUAUCUCAGGGUAUUCAUUUAAAAUGAGAUGACAUUACAAGUAGCAAGGAUGAGAGAUUGACCUUAAUUUUCAAUGUGAAUGGUCGUGUUUGAUAAAGGGAUGGUUGUGAUGCAAAUGAAUGGACAAUGUUUUAGCAUUUAGUAGUACUUAAGGAGGAGAAGAGAGUAAUGAAGAGAUACGAAAGGAUCUGUUCAUGGGUUGCUGGUUCUGUUAAAGAGAUGUUCUCACUGUUCAUUUGUGUUUGUGCUGUGUUCCUUUUUAUCAUAUGUUGCACAUGUUUAUUAUUAGUGGUUCCUUGUGCUCCCUGUGCCUAAUUAUUUUGUUGUUAUCAGUUUUCUAUUUUAUAUCAGCAGUUUUAUGAGUCCAAAGAAACGAGAGGAUUUCAAAUCAAGAUUUGCAAUACUCUUCCAAUACUUUUAGUUAAUGUCUGAUAUUCAUUUCAUAAGUGGUCUCAUUUCCAUUGCCUCUAUCUGUUUCCUGUCUUCCCUCUGUGUUAAAUGUGUGUGCAUCAAUAUAGAUGUGCAUCUCCUGCAUCAGCAAUCAUAACAACAUCUCAUUGUCAUGAGACAAAGCAUAAAUUUUCAUGUAUGCACAGAAAACGAUUGUUUCUCAGGCUGUGCGUGUGAUUGUUGAACUUAUUGUAAAUAUUUUAAGACCAAGUUUGUAGUGCAAUUGCAUUGGUGUAAAAUAUGUAUUAUAAAGUCUGUAACAGCUGCGACAUAAGCUAUCUAUGUAUGUAUGUUAAACUUUGGUACCAAACAAAAAUCUCAAUAUUCAUGUUUAUUAGUACGGUGUUACAAUAUUUUGAUUAAGAAAUAAAGACUGUAACCACGUUA